AUGGCCUCAAGAAUGAAAGUGGCGACUCGAUUAGGCGAUAAUAGGAGACUAUUCUGCUUUCUUCAUACUAUGACUCGGAGAACGAUCAGUGAAAUGGUAAGAGACAGCAAUGGCGUGCCAGUCAAGAGUAUUAAGGAUCGCCUGAUAAGAUGGAAAGAAUUCUUUGAGAUCAAACUUAACCAUGAAGCGCCAUCUGUUGCCCCUGAUAUAACUGAUAUGUUCGCUGAACCAUAUGCUUGCAACUGCGACCCCUCGACAGAAGAAGAAAUAAUAUUUGUAUAA